AUGUGCUGCCUCCGUCCGCGUGCAAUACUUCAAUUUUUCGAUGAAGAGAAAUUCAAAGAGGCAGUUCACAAAUUCGCGCUUCGAACUGGUCGACGAUUUAGAGCAAGAAGAAUGUUACUGCUAUUCGAAACCCCAAUGGGUUUUUCCCUUUUCAAAGUCUUAGAUGAAGGCAAGCUAUCCAAAAUUGAGGACUUGUGGAAUGAGUUCUCUAUUGCAGCAUUUAUGACAAGAAUUAAAUCUAGCAUAUCAGUUCAACUUCAGAUAGAGCCAUUAGAAUCAACUACAUCUAAUACUGCUGAUGAUUCAUCUUUAGAGCCACAGAAUCAAACAAAGCCAGAAGUAGAUCUCAUUCCUGCUAUACCUAAGGAAGAAGCUGGUACAAAUCUUUUUAAUAUGAACUCAGAUGAUAAGAAUAAGGUAGAUGCUGGAGAACUUUACACAAAAAGGAAGUUUGAGCUGAUGGUUUCUGCAUAUUCUACAAUCACCACACAUGAUACAGCUCUUUUCCUUAGACUGAAUGAUAAUGAUGCUGCAAACUGUUGUCUUAAAUUUCGUUGUAUGUGGAAAUUGGGAGGAGGACUACAGUACUUGGGAUUGGAUGGAAAGAAAAGUUCAUUUUCAUUUGAUGUAACAAGGAGAGCAACAUACUGUGAGUCGACUACUGUUGAGGAAACUAAUUUCCUUGAAGGCUUGGAUAUUGGCGUACAUUCUCUUGCUAAGGUAGAUUCAGUUGAUUUUGAAUAUGGAAUAUAA